UAUUUAUUGCAACGCAUUUUGUUAACACAAUGGAAGUAGAGAGAGAAUUUUACAACGAUUAUAUAGUUCCGCGUGUUGUCAAUGGUUAUGCAGCAAAACUUGGAGAUGUUCCAUAUCAGGUGGCUUUUAAAAUGAAGACCCCGCGUCGCAAGCUCUGUAUGACGUUUUGUGGUGGAGUGAUCAUUUCCCCAACCAAACUGCUCUCAGCCGCCCAUUGUUUCGCUGAGAGUCCUAGCAUUUGUCAGAAAAUAUGUGGCAAUCAGGGACCAAAAAAAACGCUAAGCCACACGUACGCUGUGGCGGGUAACUUGAGAAAUUACGAUGCCUACAGCGAAGAUUCAGCUGGAAAUGGUCAGUGGAGGACUCUGAAGACCGUAAUAUAUCCAAGAACUUACAAGUUCCCAAAAGACGACAUAGCAAUUCUGUACACUUUCAAACCCUUUCAUUUCAACAAUAACGUGGGUUCGAUUCCAAUAGCGAAGAGAUAUAUCGACUACCGUGGCAAGUGCCUGGUUUCCGGAUAUGGGCGUACGUCAAGACAAGGGACCUCAAGUAAACUUCUCCUCGCACACUUGCACCUUCUGCCAAAUACGCAAUGCGGCCGAAGAUUUCGGAAGAAUAUGAGAAAGUUUGUUUGCACAGACACUGUUGUCAACGACGUUGGAAAGGGAGAUUCGGGCGGACCUCUUGUGUGCAGUAAAACUGGGGACCCCAACGAAGGACCCAAUGGAGUGUUGGUUGGAAUUGUCAGCGGAAAUCAACGACGCGCCGCAUCAUUUUUUACGCGUGUCUCAUACUUCGCUAGAUAUAUUGAAAGAAACAAAGCAACUUUGGCAUAA